AUGCUUGCGUCUUCGUUGCGCUCCCUGAUGGCGAACUACCACGCCACCGGCGGCGUCGUGCAGGACGCGGAGCUGCUGGCGCUGAGUGACGGCCUGCUCGAGGAUGCACGGCGCGGCCCUGCCUCGUGUGCCUUCGCAGCGAGCCUUGCAACGCGCACAGCAGGGGAGGGGCCCGAGAGGCUGGAGCGGAUCGUCCUGCUGUCAGACCUACAGCUCGGGGUGGAGCAGCGAGUGCGUCCUCAACUGGCCUACAACGAGGCUGCUGCUGUGUCUUGUGUGCGCGCAUUUACUCGACGCCACCACAUUCGGAGCAGCCCUUGCGGAGCUCUGUGUCACCGGGGGCGUAGACACUGUGCGGGACGUCUUGACCGCUCCCCUGGGCACCGGCGCAGCUCCGUUUCUGAGCGUUUAUGCGUGUGGUACAGCGCUGCUGUGCAUGCUGCUGGGCUUUGGCAAGGGCUGCGGAGAGCCUUUCAGCGCUUGCCUUCCGCUGCUGGAGAAUCUGAGGGCUGA